AUGCCUCCAGAACGAACCAAUGCGCCGGUGAAGCUGUCACUGCCUCUGCAAUACCAGCAGGACAUCUUCACCGAACUACGCGCCGAGGAUGAGCUGGUCGUGCUUGCUCGCGGCCUUGGGCUCUUACACCUAAUCACAAAUUUCCUUCACUUUCACGAUGCGGCCGGAAAUAACAUGGUGUUGGUGGUCGGUGCGGAUGACCGAGAGAAUGAGUGGAUCGGAGAGGCGUUGUCAGAGCAUAAUGAUCGCAGCAAGUCUCCACUGGCUAGAGGACUGAAAGUGAUUAAUACCGAUAAAGCAAGUGUAUCUAUGCGAGAGCGAAUUUACGCCCAGGGUGGUAUUCUGAGUGUGACAUCCAGGAUAUUGGUUGUCGAUCUGUUGUCCAAGUUGCUUGAUGCUGAGAAGGUAACUGGCAUGAUUAUCCUGCAUGCCGAUAAGGUGGUUGCGACGUCUUUGGAGGCAUUCAUCGUGCGCAUCUACAGACAAAUGAAUAAGCGCGGCUUUUUGAAAGCCUUCUCGGAGUCUCCUGAACCAUUCACCACAGGCUUUGCACCACUGGCUAAUAUGCUGCGCAAUCUCUUUCUUCGAAAGGCAUCUUUGUGGCCCAGAUUCCAUGUCGCCGUGUCCGAGGCACUGGAAGGAGACCGCAAGGCCGAAGUGAUUGAGUUGGAGGUCCCGAUGAGCUCUAAAAUGCGAGAAAUUCAGAACGCAGUGCUUGAAUGUGUCGACCUCAGUGUCGCGGAGCUUCGCAAGGCUAACACCGGUCUGGACAUGGAAGAGUGGACCUUGGACAGCGCUCUACACAAAAACUUUGCAGCCACGAUUAGACGGCAGCUGCAACACAUCUGGCAUAGGGUGUCCAAGCGGACCAAGCAAAUUGUCAGCGACCUGACAGAUCUUCAAUCUAUCCUCCACGCUCUGCUUACAUACGAUUCGGUGUCUUUUGUGAAAUUCUUGGAUACGAUUGUAAUUGGUAGCGCGCCGCCUCCAGGAUCCAAUCCUCACAAUCACUCGCCAUGGCUUUUCCUUGAUGCUGCGCAUGUUCUGUUUCAGACAGCCAAGUCAAGAGCAUAUGAAGGGAAGUUCGAUGCAUCGUCUUCGGCCGCAUUCUCAGCUGCCUUGCAACCUGUCCUUGAACCUCUUCCAAAAUGGGAUGUACUUGCAGAGGUUCUGCAGGAGAUUGAACAUGAUGCUUAUCUGCACCCGACGAAUGUGGAUGAAUCAAAUAGCACCAUACUAAUCAUGUGCAGUGAAGUCAAAACAUGUUAUCAGCUCCGUGAGUACAUCGGCACCAUGAGCACCAAAAUCGGGACUGUAACAAAGCCCCAGCAUGGAGACGGAGAUGGAGACGGAGACGAGAUAAGCGAGGAAGGCUCUUCGGCAGAUGUUAUCAUGAGACGCCGAUUACGAAGCUACCUUAAUUGGAAAAGAGCAUUGUCUAAUGUCAAUAAAAAUCUAUCUCAGGAAGGGAGUCAGCCCGGAACUCCAACAGGAGCAGCGUCAGGUCAACGACAGCAACAAGGAAGACCCCCGCCAAACAAGCGCCGGCGAGUGCGAGGUGGAGGAGCAGUCAACUCUGCAGCUGCGCGUGUGCCAAACAGCAGUGUUCAAACUCAAGUUGAGCAGCCUGUUGAAGUGAUCAAUCUUCUCAAUGAGAUACAGCCCACCGAAGUCGAGGAAACGCAAAAGAUUGAAAUCGAUGUCGAUGAAUUUGAGGACAUGGAAGACUAUUAUGAGCUUUAUGAUAUGAACGACCUCGUCAUGGUCCAUUCAUAUGAUGGUGAUAUGGACGAGCACAUUCUAGAAGAAGUUCGGCCGCGUUACAUAAUUAUGUACGAGCCGGACUCAGCAUUCAUUCGCAGAGUUGAGGUCUAUCGUAGCUCUCAUGCUGGACGAAACGUGAAGGUAUAUUUCAUGUACUAUGGUGGAUCAGUUGAAGAGCAGCGUUACCUGAGUGCCGUGCGUCGGGAGAAAGACUCAUUCACCAAGUUGAUCAGGGAGAAAGGAAAUAUGGCUGUUACUUUAACUCAUGACAAAAGUGCCGAAAAUCCGCAAGAGCAGUUUCUCCGCACAGUCAAUACUCGUAUUGCUGGAGGCGGACGACUUGCAGCAACGGCAGCUCCACCACUGGUGGUAGUCGACGUGCGGGAGUUCCGAAGCGCGCUCCCGUCUCUUUUACAUGGAAACAACAUGAUCGUGGUCCCCGUUCAACUCACAGUGGGCGAUUAUAUCCUCACUCCCGAUAUCUGCGUUGAGCGAAAGUCCGUUCAAGAUCUUUUACAAUCUCUAAAGAACGGUCGCCUGUACAACCAAGCGGAAACCAUGCUUCAACACUACAAAACCCCGCUCCUGCUAAUUGAGUUCGACCAAGACAAGGCCUUUACCUUUGACGCAUUCACUACUGGCAACAUCAGGACUGAGUCGGGAUUCUCUACUACCGGGGCUGCCACCACCUCUAGUUCGAGUUCCAUGAUAAACUCAUCAAACGCCAAAAGUGCUCAGCACUUACUCGUUCUUCUCACGCUUGCAUUCCCACGCCUCAAAAUUAUUUGGUCAUCGUCGCCCUACCAGACCGCCGAGAUCUUUGCAGAGCUCAAAAAGAAUAGCGCCGAGCCUGAUCCGGUUCGGGCUGUUCAGAUUGGCCUGGACAUAGACAUCUCUGGAGCUGAGUCUGGCGGUGUCAUGGCUGCGGCUGGGAUUGAGCAUCGUAGCUUCAAUCUUCUUCCACAAGAUAUGCUACGGGCUGUACCUGGUGUGACACCACAAGCACUUGAUCGUCUUAUUUUAGAGACGGACAAUAUAAGUGAGAUAGCUAAUAUGGAUGAGGAGCAACUGGAUCCGCUGGUCGGGAAAGAAGCUGCUCGUAGGAUUGUAGCGUUCUUCCGGAAGAACCUUUUUGAUGAUUGA